AUCAAGCUGCAUUCCUAACAUCUUCUACAGCUAUCAGGGGCGCCAGGAGUCUCUCUCGGAGCGCCCCACCAGCCUAAAGCAGCACUGAACCACACCGUAGGCCACAAGCAAAAUGGCAAACCCCAAUGAAUUCCAGCAUUAUGAAAGAUUUGACAUGGACAAUGACUACGAGGGCGGGGAAUGGAUUAACGGCGAGUUCUAUUACCGCAAUAAGAGACAGAAGCGCACGCAGACCAAGGAUGACCAGAUCUAUGGCGUCUUUGCGGACGACUCGGAUGUCUCCGAUAACGAGCGGAGGCGUCGUCGCGGCGGGUUCGAUCGUGACCGGGGCGAGCGGGACUACACUAAACCGGUGGGCUUCGUGUCCAGCGGCAAGAUCGUGCAGGACACGACGAAUCAAGACGAAGAAGGAGGAGGUGACGGCGCGGGCUCGUCGCGUCAGUUCGGACCGGCGCUGCGGCCGGGCAGCGAGGGGCCGCAGAGUGAGGAAGCCAACGCGGACGCGGACGCAGACGCCGAUGAGAGGCCCAGCUUUGCCGGGCUUGGCAGCAGCGGACGGGGUGGCAUUGGCUCUGGAGGCGGCGGUGCCGGGGCAGGCAUCGGCGGCAGCCGUGGCGGGCUGGGGCUAGGCGCCGGCGGGGCAGGCGGGGGCGGAGGUGGAGGCAGGGGCGGGCUAGGCAGCGGCGGGGGCGGCGGAGGCUUGGGCUUCAAGUCUGCGGGUACGACGUCUCGAGGCGGCAGCGCUGCGCCUGGUGAUGAAGACGAUGAUGAAAGUGGCAUUAUGCCGUCGGCCUUCGGCAAGCGCAUCUUGGAGAAGGCGCAGCAGCGGCUGCAGAAGGAGCAGGCGGCGGUGCGCAACGAGGUGAAGCGCACAGCCACCCUGAGCACCGACCCCACCUUUGCGACCUUUGAGAAGCACACCAAGGGCAUUGGCCUGAAGCUGCUAGAGAAGAUGGGCUACAAAGCGGGCGAGGGCCUGGGUCGCAACAAGCAGGGCAUUGCCCGCCCUGUGGAGGCGCGCAUGCGGCCCAAAGGCAUGGGUCUGGGUGUGGGCGACCGCGAGGAGCCCAAGAUGGAGCUGCCGGGCGACCGAGCGCGGCGGGAGGCGGAGGAGGGCCACGCCGGGCUGGGCGCGGGCGCAGCAGGCGGCAAGGGCGACGCUAGGGACCAGGACAAGACCCAGGUCAAGGGAGCCUGGAAGAAGAAGGCUAAGGAGGUCCGCGUGCGGAGGGAGUACCGCACCGCAGACCAGGUUCUGGCGGAUGCUGCCGACCGGCCGGGUGGUCCGGGGGCCACGGCGCAGCCCAUCCUGGACAUGCGAGGGCCCCAGGCACGACUGGUGACUAACCUGGAGCACCUGAACGCCGAGACCACCACGCACACGGGCGACAAGACGCCCAUGCCUGAGCUGCAGCACAACCUGCGGCUGCUGGUGGACAUGGCGGAGGCGGCCAUCGGGCGACUGGACGCCAAGCUGCGGCACGAACAGGACACGGCCACGCUGCUGGCGCGGGAGAAGCAGCGGCUGGAGGAGGAGGACGCCCGGCAGGCGGCGGCGUGCGCCCGGCUGGAGCAGGUGGCGGGCGAGGUGGAGGCGUUACGGCAGCUGCCGGCCGCCACCACCUCCCUGGCCGACCUGGCGGCGGCGUACGGCAGGAUCCGGCAGCAGUACCGGGAGGAGUACGUCAUGUACGGCCUGGCGCAGGCGGCGCUGGCGCAGGCGCUGCCGCGCAUGCAGGCGCUCAUGCGCGGCUGGAACCCACUGACGGAGCCGCGCCGGGGGCUGGAGGAGAUGCGGACCUGGAAGUCCCUGCUGGCAGGCGACUCGGCAGGAGGCGUCCACACCGGGGCGGACGAGGCGGGCGGCGGCUCUGGGGCAGGAGGCGGCGGGGCGGGGAGCGGCGGAGACGACCCCUACACGCUGCUGGUGUGGGAGGUGGUGCUGCCGCCGCUUCGCAGCGCGGCGCUCAGCGGCUGGGAGCCGCGCGACCCGGAGCCACUGCUGGCGUGGCUGGAGGCUUGGGAGCCGCUGCUGCCGCCCUCGGCGCUGGCGCACGUGCUUGAGAUGCUGGUGUUGCCAAAGCUGCGGCGCGCCGUGGCGGAGUGGGAGCCGCGCCAGGAGACGGUGCCCAUCCACGCCUGGCUCUUCCCCUGGCUGCCUUUCCUGGGCGUGGCGCUGGAGGAGCUGUACCCACAGAUCCGGCACAAGCUGGACGUUGCGCUGCAGGCCUGGCACCCGCAGGACGGCUCGGCCCUGGCGCUGCUGGCGCCCUGGCACCGCGUGUGGGGCGCGGCCGAGUGGGACGCCUUCAUGGCCAAGGCCAUCCUGCCCAAGCUGGCUCUGGCGCUGGGCAGCAUGGACAUCAACCCGGCGGCGCAGCAGCUGGAGCCGUGGGGCUGGGCCAUGAGCUGGCGCGACGUGGUCAGCGCGCAGAUGAUGGCGGGGCUGCUGGAGCGGGCCUUCUUCCCACGGUGGCACGGCGUGCUGGCGGCGUGGCUGUCGCAGCCGGGCGGCGCCAACCUGGACGAGGUGACGCGCUGGUACCUGGGCUGGAAGAGCGCGGUGCCGCAGGGGCUGCUCGACCACGAGCGCGUGCGGGGGCAGUUCAACGCCGCGCUCAACACCAUGAACAGCGUGCUGGAGGACGGCACGCUGCCGGUGCGGCCUACCGGUGCCUACGGCGGCCCCACCGCCGUCGAUCCCGGCGCGGCUGCGGCUGCCGCCGUGGCGGCCGCAGCCGCAGCCGCCAGCAGCCGCGACCUGACCAUCCGCGAGCUGGUGAUGCAGUUCGCGGAGGAGCACGGCAUCGAGUUCCAGCCCAAGGUGGGCCGCAUGCACGAGGGGCUGCAGGUGUACGGCUUCGGCCACGUCAGCGUCAUCCUGGACAACAUCAACGGCAUGGUGCGGGCGCAGCUGCCGGGCUCGCGCUGGGCGCCCGUGUCUCUGGACCAGCUGAUGCAACUGGCGGCGGCGCGCGCAGGGAAAUGAGGAGGCGGUGGGCGGGGACGUGGGGGCGACGGAGGGAGGGAUUGGCUGAUGCGGGUGCGUGGGGAAGUGGGCUGCGCGCGUUUUGAGUGCGUUGUGAGUGGGCAAGGCGUGCAUUCGAGUGUGGGCUGCGCACUGAAGGUGCGAUUGGGAUGGGGAGGUGUGCCGGUGAUGUCUGCAUGGUCGUAGCAUACGUAAGACAGGGCGGAAUGCCGUUACGAUCAUUGGGGCAUGCUCUGUGCUGUAAAACCACAUCAAC